AUGCCAGAAAAGCGAGCACUCCAAUUUUUCUACCAGCGAACCAGCUCACAGCUUUCUGGUUUCUACAGUUGCGAGUUCUGGAACACUGGUGUUCUCCAGAUUGCAAGUUGGGAUGAUGGUAUCCGUCACGGUCUGGUUGCUCUUGCGUCAUUGCACGAAGAGUACGAAAUGGAAGGGGCCAUAUCUCUUCCGAGUUCGGCCAAUAGUUUUGCCUUGGUCCAGUAUAAUUUGGCGAUCCGUCAACAUCUUGAGAGGGUACAGGAUCUUGACCUCUCGGGGAACGUGGAGGUAUUCGUCGCGCCGUGCUUGAUAUUUAUCUGCAUUGAAAUGAUGCGUGGCCGUUUCGGAUCAGUCCUAUUCCUUGUGAAGAAGGUGCUUGAUAUAUUUGAUGAAUUCUUGUCCGGCGCUCCAACCUCUGUCACUCGGUCAUCGCAAGUGCUGCUAGAAGCUUUCGAAACCCAGCUGCGAAGACUUGAAGCGCAAGCUGUUGGAUUGGUUGGACCUAUGGCUUGGGGCAAUCGAUCCCGACCUCAAAUAAAAACGAGCAGGUCCAGGAUCCCUGAGUCCUUCCCAUCUGUCAUGGAAGCGCGUGACAGUCUCGAGUUCUACCGUCAUACCUAUACCAUAUCUCAGACCUCGUCCAACAACAAUAACAACAACCAUGGCGCCGCAAAUCGUCAGAUUGGUGGUCAUGAUGAGGUGGGAUUAUACCUCAACGUUUUCGACCGGUGGUCUACUGCAUUCAGAAGUAUGAACAUUACGCUGUCUGAAAGUAUGACGGAUCAAGACAAGUAUGCGAGCCAAGUUCUUGAGAUACAUCGACUUGGCCUUCAAUCGUCGCUAGAUCUUUUGUCAAAACGCCCUGAGAUUGAUAAUCAAAUGCUGUGGGAUGAUUAUACCGACUCCUUCGACAAUGCUGUAAGCAUUGCAGAGUCACUACUUCAGAAGUCUUCGGCACAAUCUGUUGAGCCUUCAACACGAAAGCGACCAUUUUUCACACUUGACAUCGGUGUUGUGGGACCAUUAUACGAGAUCGCGCAUCGUUGUCGUGAUCCAUUUGUUCGAAGGAGAGCAAUUCACCUGCUCUAUACCUAUCCUCGUCAGGAAGGCAUGUGGGACAGUUUACUUGCUGCUCGUGUGGCGGAGAGAGUUGUGGCAAUUGAGGAGGGUGGCCUUGGGCCUGUUAGGAGUUGCACAGAUGUGCCUGAUUGGGCUCGAACUUCAGACGUGCUACCCAUUUUUGAUCUCGAACAUCGAAAAGCCGUCUUGUCCUAUCAGCGAAAGGAGAGUGCGUACAGCCAUAUUCGAGCGCCUGUACAAGAGGUCAUACAGUGGUAG